GAUCAAAAUACUGGAAUUGUUGCCAGACUCCAGGAGCCGGGCUCCAUCCCAAGCGGAGGCUCUGUGCCGGCACCAGCCACGGUGAACGGGUACACAAUGAGGAACCAUUUACUGAAGCAGCAAAUAAUGAAACGACAGCUGAUGCAGGAAAAGCAGAGACAAAACAUGCUGGGAGUAACAUCUGAGCAGAGGAGUUUGUUUGCGACUCAGCAGAUAAAUCAGUUUCAAGCCGUGCAGCAGCCCAUUCCCACUGACUGCAGCCAGGUGAUGCCAGCUCCUCCGCCUAACCACCGCGUGCUGCCGUCUAACCCAGCCAUGCUCCAGAGCCCCUUGGGCUCUGGCAUGGCCCCAGCCACCGCCAGCCAGAGCAGCGGGACCAUGGUGAUGAUUCCACACAACCCUGGCAAGCAGCAGGGGAUUUUUCCACCUAAUUCUGACUUCAACAUCCCACUGCGGCCGAGCCAGAACUCACUGGGCAUGAACUCGGGGUGCCAAACAGGACACAGCCACUCUGCUGUGCGGCCGGGAAAGACGAUGGCAGGUUUCAGUUAUGGUUCCUUAGCAAAUCACUCUGCGACUCAGCAACACUUGAGGCAGCCGAGUGUGCCAAGAAUCCCUAACGUCUACCCCAACUCAUCUGCCCAGAUGUGGACACCGACUGCUGUGCCAAGAAUGCCAAAUCAAAGCCAAAUGGAUACCAGCAUGCAGCAGUUCUCCGGUAAUGCUCUCUUCUCCAAACAGAACGUGAGAGCAAGCACACCGGGUCAGCAGUUCUCCCAGCCGGCUGUAGUGCCGCCUAAUCAGAUCGCUCCCGGCGUCCAGGUCAGACAGAUGCAAAAACUGAGCAUGGGGCAGUCUGGCCAGAGCCUGAGCUCAAUGAGUAAUCAGAACUUGAGACACAAUUUAACCAGGGGACCGUUGCCAGCUAUGAAUGUUAUGAAAUCAAUGCCGCAAGGAGUGUCCAGUUUUAACCAGCUCAAUCCUGCCUCGGGCCUCGGCCCGCCGAGCUACCCCUCCUCAGGGCAGCCGCCCGACGCCUUCAACAGGAUGAGCGCCGCUGCCGAGCUGCCCCAGUAUGACUUUGUGUCCCAGCACAGCAAUUCCAUCAUGCCCACCAACUGCAGUGACACUGACUUCCUCGACUCCCUCAUGAAGAACAGCAGCAGCAACGACGAAGAGUGGUUGAACAAUCUGACGAUGAUAGACGACAUUUUGGGACAGCACGCUCAAAGCUCCGGCCACGUUUAGCUCGGAGAGAGGCAGUCUCCUUGUAAAUAACACGUGUGUGACUUCUGAAAUUAACAGACAACCUGUGAAAGCCGCCACCUCUUUCAGUACAGAGUGGACUCAGCCAAUUCUUUGCCUGCAUCAAAGUUUAAUAUUGGCAGUUUUUCAGAUGACUGUAUAUAUUUGAAUAUUUUGUAAAUUAUGUUUUCCUAAACCUUAAAUGUAGAAGUAUUUAUACUUCUUUGCUGGACUGUUUGUAAAUAAAUCUAUAGCAUAACUUUUGGUUUUAUUAUAGGGAUUUCAUUAUACCUUGUUAUAAAUAUGCAAAUAAUAUUGUUAGUUUCAGUAAUACUGUGUAUUACAGCAUAAAAUACUUAUGUUUUUGACAUAACUUAACACAUGAACUAGGGGUGACAUUGCAACCAGACUAAGCAGAAAUCAAAUGUGGCAUCUGUUCUCUCAUAUCAAGAGGAAAGAUUGGAAAGUUGCAUUAAAACAAAUAAAAUCCUUUGAAGGAGCUGCUGGUUCCCUCACAGCUCGGUCUUGCAGCCCAUUCCUGGUCUGUAGGUCCCAUCGGGGCUCCCAGUGCAUUCCGGGAUCUGCCCGCAGAGAUCCAGUUGCAAGAUCCCAGGUAAGUUUUCAACUUGAUACACU